GAUAGCCAAGGCGGGACUACGAAUCCCAGCAAGCAGUGCGCGACGCGAGGAAGCUGGAGGAGGAGCCCGGAGCUAUAGCCACCAGGGAGCCGGGUACUUUCUUCGGCGGGACAUGGAGGCAGCAAAGCACCUGCUCUGAGUGGCCAUGGGGAAGCGAUACUUCUGUGACUACUGUGACCGCUCCUUCCAGGACAACCUCCACAACCGCAAGAAGCACCUGAACGGGCUGCAGCACCUCAAGGCCAAGAAGGUCUGGUAUGACAUGUUCCGAGAUGCAGCUGCCAUCUUGCUGGAUGAGCAGAACAAGCGGCCCUGCCGGAAGUUUCUACUGACAGGCCAGUGCGACUUUGGCUCCAACUGCAGAUUUUCCCACAUGUCAGAGCGAGACCUGCAGGAGCUGAGCUUCCAGGUGGAGGAGGAGAGGCGAGCCAGGGAGUGGCUGCUAGAUGCUCCUGAGCUCCCCGAGGGCCAUCUGGAGGACUGGCUGGAGAAGAGAGCCAAGCGCCUGAGCUCAGCUCCGAGCAGCAGGGCUGAACCCAUCAGAACUACUGUCUUUCAGUACCCUGUGGGCUGGCCACCAGUCCAAGAGCUGCCCCCAUCCCUGCGGGCACCCCCACCGGGGGGGUGGCCCCUGCAGCCCAGAGUCCAGUGGGGCUGAGCCUCUCGCCCCCGACUGACCCCCAUGUGCUUACUUCUCAUCAGUCACAAUAGGAAGCCAAGCCCUGUUCCUGCUAUGCCCCAUGGAGGCUCUGAGACCAUCAGCCUGGCCUCACAGGCUCAGGACGUGCCCAUGCCAAAUCCAGCCCUGGUCCUGGGUCUAUGCCAGGGAGCCCCUGACUCACUCACUUCCACCCGACCCCCCUCCUUCCUUCUUAAGAAGCUGAGGGAGAAAACUUCUAGAUGUUUAUAAAGAAAAUCUGUCACCA